AUGUCUACACCUUUCUCCGACAUCCACCUAGUCAGCAUUUCUAUCUCCCUCGCUUCUCAAGCUGACGUUUGCACCAAGCCUUAUUAUUUACAAGUCUCUUUCUUUCCCGCACCUCCUCUUCGUCUCUAUGUCUUUCUCUUCCUCGUUACCCCCCCUCUCUCUCUCUCUCUCUCUCUCUCUCGUCAUCUCCGUUACCCUGCCACUCCUCCUCUCUCCUUCUCUUCUGUUUCUCUACCUACAUUCCUCUCUUAUCCUACCUCUUUCCUUCUCCCUCUCCUUCUCCCUCUCUGCUCUCACCAGUCAUCUUGCUCUCCCUUCUGUUCCGCCUUCUCUUUCCAUGUAAAUCUUCGUUCUUCCUUCUCUCUGCCUUUCUCUCUAUGUCUUUAUCUCCAUCGUAUCUCUCUCUCUCUCUCUCUCUCUCUCUAUCUAUCUAUCUAUCUAUCUAUCUAUCUCUCCUGUCAUCUCUGUUACCCAGCUACUACUCCUCUCUCCUUCUCUUCUAAUUCCUCUACCUACAUUCUUAUCCUAACUACUUCUUUCCUUCCCAUUUUCCUUUCCCUUCUUUCCUUUUCUCUUCCCUUCUCACUCUUACCUUCUCCUCCUUUACCUCAGCUUUCCCUGCGGUUACGCCUUCUCUUUCCCUCUCUUUCUUCGUUCUUUUUUCUCUCCUCUCUAUCUAGACAUCUCUCUUUCUAUUUAUGCUUCUCUCUCUCACUUCCGCUUCAGCUCCCUCUCUUAUUCUUCCUUCUCUCUCACUCGACCUUCCUAUCUCUCUGUUAUCAUCUCUGCCUAUCGCCCUCUUAUUUCUGUCCCUCUUUCUAUUUCCCUCCAUAUUUGCCUCUCUUAUCCUAUUCACAAGAUUGGGAAAACACUAACUAUCUCUUAUUCAUAAUAUAUAUCUAUCUAUCUAUCUAUCUAUAUCUAUCUAUCUAA